UCCGACAGCACUGACCACGUAUUUGAUUUGAUUAUUUGAUAGCCAUCGCCAAAUCACGGCCACCUGCAGCCGCUUGCGGAGAGUGCCAACUGUUUAGACGGUGCAUCGAGUCCAAGCCAACCGAACGGAACAUCAGAAGCUCCCGAAAACCUCCAUCCGCCCGCCAUAAAUAUGCAUUUGCCGGAACGCAGCCGCUUUAUAAUCUACGCGGUGGGCAUCUUCGUCUGCUACUUCCUCUACGGAAUUGUCCAGGAGAAGUUGACCCGCGGUCGCUACGGCGAAGAGGUCCAGACGGAUGGCUCCGUGGGCGAACGCUUCACCUACGCGUUGGCCCUGGUUUGGGUGCAGUGCCUCUGCAACUAUGUGUUUGCCAAAGUGCUGCUGACCAUCAAGCCGCAGAAGGAGGACACCACCAAUGCGGGCUCCUACGUGGCCUGUUCGCUGACGUAUCUGCUGGCCAUGGUCUCCACCAAUAUGGCCAUGCGUUGGGUUCCCUAUCCCACUGCCGUCGUGGGCAAGUCGGCUAAACCGAUUCCGGUCAUGAUUCUGGGUGUCCUGAUUGGUCGCAAGUCCUACAGCUGGACGCGCUAUGCCUGCGUGCUGACCAUUGUCCUGGGCGUCAUCCUGUUCAUGUACAAGGAGGGCAAGGUGUCCAGUCUGCCGGCUGAGACGACGCUUCUCGGCGAGGUGCUGCUAUUCCUCAGCCUCUCGAUGGACGGCCUGACUGGAGCUGUCCAGGAGCGCAUCCGAGCGGCCAGUGCGCCCUCGGGUCAGCAGAUGAUGAGGGCCAUGAACUUCUGGAGCACUCUGAUGCUGGGCGUGGCCAUGGUUUUCACGGGUGAGGCCAAGGAGUUCCUGUACUUCACCAUCCGGCAUCCCGAGGCCUGGACCCAUUUGUCGCUGAUUGCCGUGUGCGGUGUCCUCGGCCAGUUCUUCAUCUUCCUGAUGGUGGCCAACUUUGGACCGCUCGCCUGCUCCGUGGUGACCACCACACGAAAGUUCUUCACCGUCCUGUGCUCUGUGCUGCUGUUUGGAAACGUCCUGAUUGCCCGCCAGUGGCUGGGAGCUGUUCUCGUGUUCGCCGCCCUCUUUGUGGACAUGUUGUAUGGCAAGAAGGCACCUGCGGCGCCGGCCAAGAAGCCACCCGUCGAGGGCAAACUGACAGAGGAGAAGAAAAAACUGAUUUCGUAGAAUUUACUAGAUGAUUGCGUAGUCUAAUGUACAUACACACAAGUUUAGAGAAGACAAUGCGGCUGCUGCGCCAACGUUUCCCAUUUCCUGAAACCGCUAAUCGUACAAAGGAUUUUAGCUAUAGCGAACACAGCAUUAGAUUCCUGAUCUGCAAACCAUAAACAGUCGAUUUAAGUAACUAAAUUAUUAAUAUCCAUUAGGAAAGGAACAAAUAUUGUGCAAAAGUUUACUUCGGACCGAAAGGGUCUCUAAAACAUACAGGAUCAUUCAAUCAAUGCUACAAUUUAUAAUUAAAACGUGCUCUUUUAUUAA